AUGCUAUCUCUGGAGAGGAGAGAUGCGAGAAAGGAGAUAGGUGUUGGCGGUGGUGGGAGGGAGAUUGGCAGUAGGAGUAGUGGUGGAGACGGUGACUUCUGUCGGCAGGGUGAUCGGAAGGAGAUUAAGGAGUCGAUGCUCUUCGUCUCGGAGAAUAUGGAGUUCACGCUGCUUUGCAAUCUCGGCGGCCCUCGCAAUGCUGCCGUUUCUUUACGUCUUCGGCUGCUGCAUGUGUGGCCGUCGAAGUCUCCAGGGGAUAUCAGGAUCUACAAUUACUGUACUCUCUGGACCGCUCCUUUGCGCCGAUAUUUUUUUUGUUUUAGGACGCUGAUUCACGGUGUUUCGCCGACUUCAAUGGCUGCUGGGAUCCGUCGUAACCUUUAUGUUGGGAAGAUUUAUGUUGUAAAGUCCUUUGGCUUGAGCAACCCGCCGAAUCAGUAUCGCCCAUGUUCAUUUGAUUUGGCUUUGGGUCUCUCGCCCUCGACUUCCUUUCAGGCCUGUGGUCUUCCUGCUGAGAGUUUUCCGGUUGAUGCGUAUGAGUUUGUGUCUUUUUCCCAGUUGAGUAUGCGUGCUGGUAAUCACCGUUUCUUGACAGAUGUCGUUGACCGACUCCAUUCAAUCAGUGGGAUAUCGCAUAAAAUCACUAAUAACGGCCCUAUAGUCAAGCAGACGGUUAUCAUCGAGGAUGAAAGUGGAGCGAAGGUUACUAUUACACUCUGGGAUGAGUUUUCUGCGGUGUUAGACAAUGUUGCACUCACUCAGGCUGACUCGAUUGAAGCUAUGAUUCUCGCAUUCGGUGGCUUGCUGGUUAAUAAGUUGGGAGAUGAUUAUAUUCUCUCGAGCUCAGCUGGUAAACGCAUAGCAGUCAACCCUCCUGUACCAAAGGCUUACUAUCUUGCAUCUAGAUUUGCUGAAAAGCACGAAGUUGUUGAGUCCUUGCCAGUGGAAUUUACCUCCGUUUCUGAUGCUAUUGCUGAUGCAGAUUGGCGUACCAAGAGUUUGGACCAGUUGUUGAGCUUGUCUCGAACGAAUUCCUCACUGGAAGAGAAGUACCGUUGUGGUGGAGUGAUUGUUGAUGUCGAGUCGAGUACUCCUUGGUAUUACAUUUCGUGCAAGCUAUAUUCGCGAGCAGUUUCAAAGCGUCGAGACAAUAGGGUUUGGUGUCCAAAAGACUGGCAGCUAGAAGAGGAGCAGACCCGAGUCAAUUAUAAGCUCCAACUUACGUUGAGGGAUGACUCUUGCGAGGCUCGGUUCAUACUGAUGGGUGGCUGUGCCCAUGCGUUGAUUAAUGUUUCCGCUGCACAUCUGGCCCAGAGGUUUCCUCAUCGUCUUGGUCAGCUGCCCCCGCAGUUGUAUCAAUUGCGAGGACAGUAUGUCAAGUUUGAUUGUAAGUUACCAUUGCCUGGUCCUACCGGCUUCUCUUCGGGUGAGUUCCGUGUAACUCAGGUUGUCCCGCUUGAUGACCCUACGGUGGUUGGCGAUUUGCUCGAGUACUCUUCGCAAUCUCCAUUAGCUGGUUCUGCUGCUGUUCCGACUUUGACCAUGGGUGCAGCAAGCGUCGCGGGUGGUUCUUCGGCUUCAUCUAGGGUUGCGAAGGGAAAGGAAAAUGUUUCAGGUCCUCUACUCACUGAGGUAUCAGCAACCCCGUUUAGUAUCACUGAAGGGCCAGAUGAGGCUGUCAGUCCGAUAGCUGAGGAUUUACAUAUUCCUCCUCUUGCAAAUGUCGAAAGCGAAGGUACCGUUGCUGGCCCCCAGAUUCUCGGGGGAUCUCAUUCCUCUGGGAUUAGUGUACAGGCUGGUUCUAGCCCAGCUGCUGCGGCUGUACCCGUUCCUUCUUCAGCCCAGUCCUGUACACCAUCUGGCAGAUCCACUCCUUCGAUGAUUACCAAGCGUACAACCAGAAUCGAUGAGUCUGCCAGCCCUGAGGAUGUUAGUCGUGGUUCGUUGGCAUCUGCUGCAAAGAUUCUGAAGCCAUCCCCUGAGUCAUCUCCUGGGAAGACCUCUGGUUUAGCCGCUGGCUCUUCGCCUGCGACAUUAUUGGUUUCUCCACUCGCCAAGAUCAAGGUGGAGAAGUUAGACGAUGCUGAGGCUCCUCCUCUGCCACAUGGCGGUUCCUCACAGGCAGGUGCUGAGAUGGAAGGGGAUUCUCCAGCUGACAGUCAGAAAAACCCAACUACGAAACGUGUUAUGUUCAAGAGCAAUGCCUCCCAAGAAAAGAAAGACUCAAUAUCAAACUCUGACAAGAUCUUCAAGGCCAAGGAAAUCGCGCUACCAGACUUUGAAACAGUUGGCCUCCAAGAAUACAACGACCCAUAUUUCUUCUCUGGAACAAGGGGAACCCAAUGUGGUAGCUGA